CGGAACCCCGUCGGGAAUUAAUGCGCCCGUCCUCGCCAGUCGCCACGACCGCAGCAAUCCGCCGCCCUUGGCCGUGCCCCGUGCUGCCGUACUCGUAAUCCGUGAGGGAAAGCGUCCGCGCUCCGGGCCCCGCCGCCGAUAGUUCCUUCAAGGGAGCGACGAGCGCGCGGUCGAUGGAGACGGUGGAGGAGGACGUGGAGGAGUACAGCUGGCGGGAGGUGGUGCUGCCGCACCUCGUCCCCGUGGUUCCCGGCGCGCAACCGGAGCUCGAGCGGGAGACCGGGGAGCGGCGCCGCGGCAGGGACCUCCUCGUCGCCGUCGACUUCGGCCCGAACUCCAAGCACGCCUUUGACUGGGCGCUCGGGCACAUCGCGCGCAUGGCCGACACGGUCCACCUCGUCCAUGCCGUCUCCAGUGUGCAAAAUGAGAUUGUGUAUGAUAAAAGUCGGGAGCUCAUGGAGGAUUUAGCAGUCGAGGCAUUCAAGACGUUACUGGUCCGGACCAAGGCCAGAAUUGUUGAAGGAGACGCUGGAAAAGUUAUUUGCCGAGAAGCAGAUCGACUGAAGCCUGCCGCUGUCAUUCUUGGUACACGUGGUAGAGGCCUUAUUCAAAGUGUGUUGCAGGGAAGUGUCAGUGAGUAUUGCUUCCACAACUGUAAAGCAGCCCCAAUUAUCAUUGUGCCUGGGAAAGAAGCUGGUGAACAGUCUGUGCUUUGAAGGAAGAUGAGUAGGAGAGUUGUUCCUGUUCGUUGUACUGUCAGUUUAGGUGAUAAAGUGUUGUAUAUUGGUGCUGGUUUGUUGUGGGAACAUGUCCUUAAGUGCUUUGCUUUGCUUGUAAUCUGAAGCUCUGAACCCUCUGUCUGGCUUGGUUAUGAAGGAAUGCUUAGAAACCGGGAGAGUAGCAGACAAACAUAUAACACAAGAAAUGUACUUGUAUUGCCAUUGCUGACAGAAUACUUCAUUAGUACAGUUGAUAUGAAUAAAGAAUCUUCAGCCACAAGUUUUUUU